AUGAGAACAUUACGGGAAAUACGUAAUGGGAUAUUAGUAGGCGCCCCUGAAGGCCAAUCGAUUUAUCAAGAUGCUUCAGUAGUAACCAAAGGGGGAACGGUGUACAAAUGUCAAAUUGACAGGGAUGAUAUUUGCCAACAAAUACCAUUCGACAGAACCAAUAAUGUUGGUUUCGUGGGAUCUCCGCUGGACGAAAAAAGUGGACAAUGGUUCGGAGCAACACUUAGUACAUCAGGACGCACGGAUGGACCUGUUGUGGCCUGCGCUCCUAGAUACGUUUGGUUUACUAAAGACUUGAAUAGAAAAGAUCCGGUUGGGACGUGUUUUGUAUCUAAUGGUGCAUUCGAUAGCUUCGAAGAAUAUUCACCUUGUAGAACAAGUUCCGUACACCAGCAGAGCCUGGAAAACCGACCGGCGGUAUUUUCAACGCGAGAAGGCAAAGCGCCCGACGACGACUCAUACAUCGGCUACUCCACGGUAGUAGGACACUUCAAACAGGGCGAGGAAUUCGAAGGCAUCGCUGUUGGAAUGCCCAGAGGCAACAAGCUCAAAGGAAAAGUCUUGCUGUUCACUUGGAACCUGCACAACUACAAGAACAUCACGAUCAGCAACCAGAUCGGCUCCUACUUCGGCUACUCCCUCACGGCAGCCGAUGUAAACGGCGACAAAAAACUGAAAACACACUCAUAA